AUGACUUCAAUCACCGUGGUACAAUCACCGUUUCUAUGGGACCUGGCUCCUACUUUCCCACAGCUAUCAUCCUGCUUCAAACACCCCACAAAUGAGCGUCAGCAGCCGAGCUUGGAGAACAUCAAUCCGUACGAGGCAUGGCCUAAAUAUAGCAACCCCACUCCCUUUGCCAUGUGCAAUGCAGACCAGUCAAGCCUCGCACGUCCACAGCCGGUUUUGAAUGCGAUGCCUCUGGCAGGGGCGACUUUACCCGUUCACACAACCACCCACUCGAUCAAUGGCGAGCUGAAAGGAAGUGCACAAAACACGGCCGUUCCGGAGCCAGAUGCAAAGGAGCCUUCACACACAUUUACAAAUCACGACAAGAUAAACAAAGAUUGGAAGGCAAGACGAGACAAGAUCCUCCAGCGUAACCGCCAAGCUGCCAAACGAUGCCGUCAGCGGAAGAAGCUGGUGGUAGAGGAAAUCGAAUUCCUUGCCGAUGCGCAUGCCUGGAGGAAUAGUGAGCUCCGGAUGCAAAUUGAACAACUUCGCUAUGCAAUGCUGGACCUCCACAGCGAGAUACUGAAACACGCACAGUGCGAUGACGAGCCAAUCAAGCGAUAUCUUGCGCAGAGGGUUAGAAAAAUCUCAGAGGAACAUACAGACGACUCUGCUAGUCCUCAUCCAAUAGACCCGCGGCUGUCUUCAUCUUCCUUUGCAGCAGGACCCAAACAACACUCAACUACUAAGACUACGGCAUACCCCGAGGCGGGUGGUUCUCAGUGUGACUCGCAGGGGUUUGCAGAGACUUUUCCUUGCCACCAUUCAAUCUCAACUUCAGUUUCUUCGGAUGGACAAACUGUGGACCACACUUUAUUCGAAAUGAUCAACUAUUGA